AUGAAAGUUGGUGGAAUUUACAAGCUUAACAGUUUUUACGGGUCUAAUAACAAGACUAUGUAUCGGGUGGCUGAACCAAGUGUCACCAUCACCUUCUCAUCGUCUUCUGUCCUCUCUGAUCUAGAGGACAGUUCGGUUUGUUUCCCUGAGGACCGUUUCCGGUUCCAUGGAUAUGAGGAGUUCGAUGCUGCAUGCGACUUGAGAGGGGAUCUCUAUGAUUAUGUUGGUCACAUCAAGCUCGUGAAUGGGCAGGUUCUCAAUGACAGUCUCGUGCUAGAUGAUGCCGAUAUAGCUUCAUCCCGCCGAGUUUUGCUUCAUGUUCAAACACACGAUGGUCCAGUGAUGAAGUUGUACCUCUGGGACAAGGUUGCCUCUGAUUUUAAUGGAAAAUUUAAAGCAUCUGGUGGAGCUGCAAGUGUUAUUUUGGUCACCACCUUAAACCCGAAACGUUUUGGAGGUGUCCUAACUCUCUCAUCUAUGACGUCAUCACGGGUAUUUCUGGAUAGUGAUGUUCAAGCAACCCGAGAUUAUCUCACUUGGUUGAACUUAAACAUGGCUGUUGCUAACAAAGUUGAUGCGGAAGUUGUCACUAAGCAUGAGACAGUGACCAUAGGCAAGCUCUUCUCCUAUAUGAAGCAGGAAGCUGUCAAGGUUGCUUGGUUUGAGUGCAUAGCAACUGUUGGUGAUGUUGUGCACGGAUCAGGAUGGUAUUACAUAGGUUGUGGUGGGGGUCACACUAAAGCAACCAAAGGACCUACCACCCUAAUGCGUAAAGAAUGUGGGAAGAGUGAUAUUGUUGGUGUUGCACAGUACCUAGCCAAGAUAUCUGUGUAUGACAAUGAUGAUCAGGCGUGUUUUGUGCUCCUUGGUGAUUCUGGUCAGGACUUGACUGGCAAGAGAGCUUCUGAGUUGGUUGAUAGUUAUUUCGAGGCGAAUGAAAAUAUGGGAGAUGAUCACUUGGUUCCGGUGCCUCAAGCUCUGAUCAAUACCAUAGGCCAGACUCGCAAGUUCAUUGUGAAGGUAUCAACUCACAAUUUGACUGGCAAGACCCAAAGUUUGACUGUGACAAAGGUUCUCAUUCCAGAAGAUCCAGAAAUUGAAGGCAAUGUAGAAAAUGUGACUGUAACAGAUGCCCAGAAAACUUUGCAGAAUGAAGUUUCUGAGGAUGGUCCUUCCACACGCUUUGAAGAAUCUGGUGGUGAGAGUGUGAAAAGGGCUGCUGAUAAUGUUGAGGCAGAAGAUUCAAAGCGAGCCAAAUGUGGCUAG